CAUGCCUUCAUAGUGUAGCCUCUACAUCACAGGAAAGCCCAAGUUUGACGGAGAGUAAAGUGCUAAGAGUUACUCUAUUGGGUAGUGAAUGGAGGUCAUCAAAGGGAGGCUUGUCAACCAUCAACAGGGAGUUUGCAAUUCAGUUAGCAAAACAUCCCAAUGUUGAUGUGAGUGUGUAUGUUCCAAGAUGUAGCGAGGAGGACAGGAGAGCUGCCAGGAGCCAUAAUGUUCAACUGAUUGAAGCCCAAGAAUUGCCCGGUCAUGAUCAGCCAGUUGAUUGGUUGGCUUCAUUACCUGAAGGUCAUCAUCCGCACUGUGUCAUAGGACAUGGAGUGCAUCUUGGUCGACAGAUACCACUCAUUCAAAAGCAACAACCCUGCAAGUGGAUCCAGGUUGUUCACACAGCUCCAGAAGAACUUGGAAUGUUUAAAAGUUAUGAAGAAGCCAUUUUCAGAGGUGAGAAGAAACAUCGUGCAGAAGUACAACUUUGUGAGAUGGCUGAUGAGGUGGUUGCGAUUGGACCAAAACUGGCAGAUGCCUACUCUCGCUACCUUCGCCCCAGUAAGAAAGAUGAGCAUGUUGUCACUCUCACCCCAAGUAUUUUUACUGAGUUUUGUAGUGUUGAACAGGCCUCACAAGAAAGGAAGAACUUUUGUGUUCUCCUUUUUGGGCGUGGUGAUGGUGAAGAUUUUGAGCUAAAAGGGUAUGACAUUGCAGUAAAAGCAAUUGCUCAGUUGAAAGACAAGUCAUACCAGCUAAUGUUUGUAGGUGCACCAAAAGGAAAAGAGGAAGAAGUAGCAAGCAAGUUGCUUGCAUUUGGCAUUCCUCCAAGUCAACUAGCAGUUCGCUGCUUCAAAGAAGAUAGAGAACAGCUUGACAGUUUAUUUUGUGAGGCUGAUCUGGCAAUCAUGCCUUCAAGAACUGAAGGGUUUGGUUUGACGGCACUGGAAGCCUUAUCUGCUGGUCUACCUAUUCUUGUAAGUGGUAACUCUGGACUUGGAGAAGCACUGGAUAAAGUUCCUUUCGGUUCUCCAUGUGUAAUUAACUCAGACGAUCCUAAAGAAUGGGCCAAUGCCAUCAGAAUUGUCCGUCAGAAAGAGAGGAAGGUGCGACUGGAGGAAGCUAUUGGUCUUCACGAAAAGUAUGCAGCAAAGUACAGCUGGCAGCAGCAGUGUCAAGAUCUUGUUAGGAAAAUGGUGCAGCUUGUCUUUGGUGAUCUUGGUACUUGCCAGCCCUUGGUAGUGGACGAUAAUUCUUUACCUACCCAUGUUGUUUCUAACAACAACAAAUCCUCAGCUACUGUAGCAGUUCACCAUGAAGAUGGCGCAGUAAACAAGUCCAGACAAGCUUCAGAUGAAGAGGUUAAACCGAGUUUUUCCUCUGUUGCCACUCAAUCUGUGAAGGUGCAACUUGAGGAAGCCACUGUUCUUGAAGAAAAGUAUGAAGUAAAGUACAGCUGGCAACAGCAGUGUCAAGGUCUUUUUAGAAAAAUGGUGCAGCUUGUCUUUGACCUAGAUGCGUUAAGGAACAAUCCGUUGAAUCUCCUUCUCUUGUGCGUUGUUUUUGAAGACUUUGAAGGGAAACUUCCAUCUAAUCGCACAAAGCUUUAUCAGAUUAUUUUUCGAUGCUUGCUAAGGCGAUAUUGCUCCCGAAAUGGCCUGAACGUUCAUCACAAUGCCGACAAAGCCCUAGAGAAUCAAUUUAAAGAGUCCAUACUUGUACUUGGGGAGCUAGCGUGGAAUUGUCUUCUAGAAGACCGCCGUUCGUUUUCGGAAGAGGAACUGGACAAGCUAGAACAUUCGAGGACCCGUGUGAGAAGAUUUCCAGCAAUCAAAUUGGGCCUUGUUUUCAUGGAAGCCAGUUCAAGGCUAUGUCAAGAGCCAAGGCAUCAGUGUCAUUUUCUUCACAAAACAUUUCAAGAGUUUUUAGCUGCCUUCUACCUAGCAAACGAGCUCUUGACGAACCAACCAAACCUUACUUUAUGCAAGAAAGAUGUUUGUGAAAAAUACAGACAAGUAUUUUUCUUUGUAGCUGGCAUAUUGGGCAUGGAAGGAACGGUGUUUUUCAAACAGAUAGGAACCAUUCUGAGAUGAGAUUGGAACUGGCGUUAUCCUGUUGAAGACUGUAAGUUCUUACUUGACCUUUUAGAAGAGAGUGGUGCUGCUGAUCAUUUUGGCAAAGUUGUCUGCCCUCUUAUUUCAUUACCAACUGUUUUUCAAGUGGGUGAGGAAGAGCGGUCUAGCUUGAGGUUGAUACGUUAUGCUUAUGAAGGCGCCAUGCUUGAAGGUGAUUCAACACCAGUGCAGCUCACCACACUUAGCCUGUGUAAUGUACAGUCUUUUAAUAGAGACGAUGUGCAUAAUUUCCAUCGAAUUCUCGAAGAAAGUCAAACUCUCACAGAGCUUGUCAUUUAUAAAAUCGAGAACAUGUCUCAUGAUAUUGCAGAUCUGUUCGCUGAGAGUGUGUCGUCAAGCACUUCAUUAAGAAAAGUCACGCUUAAACUGUUGGACGUGAGUACUGAGAGGUGCACCUACAAUGCCAGUGCCUUGUUAUCGACUUUUUCACAAUUGAAAUGUGUUGCGCUUGAAUUCUUUUGUAUUGUGAACAACACUGUUGCAGAAGCCGUAAAAGUGUUAUUCAAAACAUCGCUAAGAUCUCUCGCCCUUAUUGUUUAUGGGGAUCUGGAUGACUGUUUAGUGUCGUCUGUUAGUGAAGGACUUGCAGAAGAAACUGGGCUGGAGUCUCUUAGUCUUGUUGUUCAUGGAAAACCCAGCAACCCUGGAAUUGUAGCACUGCAGAAAGGUGUUCUACGAAAUAGAACUUUGCACUCUUUAGAAUUACAGGUGUAUGGAGAAAUCCCAGAAGCGUGGAUGACAGCUGUUGCUACUCUACUGGCAGCCAAUAAGUCAUGGAUGUCUCUUAUUAUUCAUCCAAAUGUAUGCGGGAAAAUCAAACUUGAAGAAAGUUUGCUGCCCUCUCCGUUUCUAGGUGAUGCCCCGGUAGAGAAGUCGUUAACCGUGAACGUCUGUGGGGAACUGAGUGUUGACAGCUUUAAAGCCCUUGGAGGUUUUUUCAUGAAAAGUUCGCCAUUAUCUGGUCUCCAAUUGAAUAUCCGAGGUAAACUAUGCAACGACGUAGUGGAUUGUCUGGUAGACUAUUUUCUGGUGGCUAACAAUUCACUUUCCUCACACAGUAUUAUUAACCUUUGCGGUGAAAUCACAAGCUACGGAGGAACUGCUCUUGAAAGAUUAGUUAAAGAGGGUCAAAAGUAUGGUAUUUCGGUCUAUGUAAAUGGUUUAAGUGAAGACAACUUUUCACGAGGUUUUGAUACAUCCGGUAAUUUUUCUUCAGUGUCGGCCUCGUUUUUAGUUGACGGAAAGGCUACCAAUCGCGAUGAAGUCUUUAACCUAUUAAGCUCUGCAUCUUUAAGCACAGUCAAUCUCACAGUCAACCACGGUAAUGAGUCAGGAGAAUGGGCUUUGGGUGUGGGUGAGGCCUUGGCGAACAGCAGAUCAAUAACCACAUUCAGUCUUACAGUUAUCAACCACGUUGACGAGGUGGGACGCUGGGCCAGUGGUGUGGGUGAGGGCUUGGCGAACAGCAGAUCAUUAACUACAUUCAGUCUCACAGUUAACAGUCACGCUGACAAGAUGGGAGACUGGGCCGUUGGUGUGGGUGCGGGCUUGGCGAAGAGCAGUUCAUUAACUACAUUCAGUCUCACAGUUAACAGUCACGCUGACAAGAUGGGAGACUGGGCCGUUGGUGUGGGUGCGGGCUUGGCGAAGAGUAGUUCAUUAACUACAUUCAGUCUCACAGUUAACAGUCACGCUGACAAGAUGGGAGACUGGGCCAUGGAUGUGGCUGAUGGCUUGGCGAACAGCAGAUCAUUAACUACAUUCAGUCUCACAGUUAACAUUGACGGUGACACCACGGCAGACUGGGCCAUUGGUGUGGGUGCGGGCUUGGGGAAGAGCAGUUCAUUAACUACAUUCAGUCUCACAGUUAACAAUCACACUGACAAGGUGAGACACUGGGCCGUUGGUGUGGGUGUGGGCUUGGCGGAGAGCAGAUCAUUAACUACAUUCAGUCUCACAAUUAUCAAUCACGCUGACAAGAUGGGAGACUGGGCCGCCCGUGUGGGUGAUGGCUUGGGGAACAGCAGAUCAUUAACUACAUUCAGUCUCACAGUUAACAGUCACGCUGACAAGAUGGGAGACUGGGCUGUUGGUGUGGGUGCGGGCUUGGCGAAGAGCAGUUCAUUAACUACAUUCAGUCUCACAGUUAACAAUCACACUGACAAGGUGGGACACUGGGCCAGAGGUGUGGGUGAGGGCUUGGCGAAGAGCAGAUCUUUAACUACAUUCAGUCUCACAGUAAUCAAUCACUCGGGUGAAACAGGACACUGGGCGAACGAUUUAAGCAAAGGAUUGGCUAAGAACCGUCUCUUAACAACGAUAAGUGUAACAUUCAACUUGUGCGGUGAGGGCAGAAUUUUCUAGCAUGUUUGGCCAGUCUCCAUCCUUUGUAUCUUUUUCCUUUCGGUUAAGUGUGUGGAUAGAACUUGGAUGAACUACAAAGUAGGCUAAGGACGUAGUAGAAUAGAAACAACCAUUUCUAAAUUUAUUUCAUUUGUCGGGAGAGGAUGUUUGGUUACUAAAAUACUUUGGUGGAAGCAAGAAUCCAAAUGGUUAAUGUACUUUUCGAAUGCUUUUUUGAUAGCAGUGUUUUUUAAGUUAAAUGUAUUUGUUGGUACAUCAGUAAAUAGGGUUUGUUUUAGUUGGUGUUGGAGCACGUAUUAUAUUGGUUAGAAACGAACUCGUGGUGAUGCAUGGAAACUAUCAGGAUGCCUACAUAAGGAGAGCGGAGAAAUGAAACCUAAGUUGCCGGACAUUUUAAUUUUACACGAUUAUUCCAGUUAUGUUUCAGUGAUCUUUUUUACUCUUGUGAACGGUUUGUAAGAUGAGGUUACUAAAGUCAUUUCAAGCAACAAGUCUACAUAUGGAUAUAGUGUAUUAAAUUUUCCGUGAACUUUAUAAAA